UUGGCACAGCAGCGGCUGCCACAGCACCUCCAACUCCGGGCGGCUCACCAUGGGGGCUCUGAGGCCCUGGGCCCGAUUCCCACUACUGGUUGUGGCCCACCUGCUGGCCCUGGGGAUUGGGGCUGUGGUGUUUCAAACCCUGGAGGGGCCUCCAGCGCUCCAGCUCCAGGCCAAGCUCAGAGCCGAGCUGGCCACUUUCCAGGCGGAGUAUGGGGCCUGCCUGCCCCCGGGGGCCCUGGAGGAGCUGCUGGGCACCGCUCUGGCAGCCCAGGUCCACGGGGUCUCCAGCCUGGGCAAUGGCUCAGAGGCCGGGAACUGGGACCUGCCCUCGGCCCUGCUCUUCACUGCCAGCAUCCUCACCACCACGGGCUAUGGCUACAUGGCCCCACUGUCGGCUGGCGGAAAGGCUUUCUGCAUGGUCUACGCAGCCCUUGGGCUGCCAGCCUCCCUCGUGCUCCUGGCCACCCUGCGCCGCUGCCUGAUGCCCCUGCUCUGUCGCCUGGGGGCCUGGGGAGCCAGCCGGUGGCAGCUGGCCCCGGCCAGGGCAGCGUUGCUGCAGGCGGCUGGAUGGGGACUGCUGGUGGCCGCGAUCUUCGUGCUGCUUCCGGCCCUGGUGCUGUGGGGUCUGCAGGGUGACUGCAGCCUGCUGGAAGCCGUCUACUUCUGCUUCGGCUCACUCAGCACCAUCGGCCUGGGGGACCUGCUGCCGGGCCGUGGCCGUGGCCUACACCCUGUGCUCUACCACCUUGGCCAGUUGGCCCUUCUUGGUUACUUGCUCCUCGGGCUCCUGGCCAUGCUGCUCGUUGUGGAGACCUUCUCAGAGCUGCCACAGGCCCGUGCUCUGGUCAAGUUCUUUGGGUCCAGUGGUCCGAUGACCGCUGAAGACCAAGGUGGCAUCCUGGGCCAGGAUGACCUGGCUCUGAGCACCCUGGCGCCCCCGGCUGCAGCCCCACAACAGGCCCCGACUUGCUGACAGGGUCAGUUGAUGGAGUUGAGCUCCUUCCAGGUGGACAAGCCUC